AUGGGUGAUAGUAGAUCAGAGUCUGUUGAUGCACAGACUAGUGAAUCAUCAGUUUUCUCGCCACCAUCAGAUUAUAAGAGGGUUAAGCAUUUGAAGAAGUUUCACAAGAAAAAUGGUGAACAGCUAUGGUUAAUCAAACUACCACGUAGUCUUGAUGUAUCCAAGUUAAAGACCCUACCACUAGAUCUAGAAGGUGGAGAACAACCUAUACCUGUGGAAGAGGGUAAUGAUAAAGACGAUCAGUACAGUAUUGGUGAAGACAAAACUCAAAAAGGUGGCCAAGACAGUAGUAAUUUGAGUUUAUUGGUCCCUGAAGAAAGUAGAGAAUCCCUGAAGAUCAGUGGACAUGGUAACUCAUUGAAGUUCGACAAGGUUCUCAGCGUCCGUAAGACUGCACAAAUACCAAAGAUUGAUUACGAAAAGCUAACGGUACCAAGGUCUAAUGUGGUUAAAGUAGAAGGUCUGCGGACGAGACAUUACGCCAGUGGUUAUGGACCAGAGGACGAGGAUAAGGUGGAGGACACCUCCAAGGAGGAACACUCAGAACGCAAGUCAAAGAAACAUAAGAAACAUAGUUCAGACGAGGACCAUUCCAAGAAGAAGAGUAAGAAAGAUAAAAAGAAAUAG